AUGGCUAUUGAAUUGGUUGUGGAUGCCGCGUGCGAGCGCCUGUAUGAGGUGAUUAACAUUGCACUGCGUAAAAUGCUUUUGGAUGCCAGGUGCUUACAUGCCAGGGAGGAUUACAAUAUCAUUCCGAGUACGGUUUUUGUAAAUAAUGACAGCAAGACCUUUCUGCUUCUACUCCUCAUUAAGUUUGACGAUUGGAUGUUGAUGGUGCGUCACAAUUGUGUUUGUAAUUAUUUGAAGGCCGUAUACGAUGCAUCAAAUUGUCCGGUGUAUGUGGUAAUACUUGGACAGUUAACAGGACAUAGACAGUCGCGUUUUUGGGAAGAGGUUUCUUGCCUAUGUGCUGAUGAUUCAUUUUUUUCCAUUUUAGUUGGAUUUGACAUUGUUUCUUCUGUUGAGCAAUUAGCCGAGGUUGCUGUGGCCCAUGGUCUCAAGGCAACCAAACAACAAAAUUUGGAAGGAGAUCCAAUCGUUAGGGCGGAAGGAAGACGAAAAUGCGAUCCGACGGACUUUCACGCUCUUUAUCUUGACAUGCUUUUGGAGAUAUCAUCUGUUUCCGAACGACGGGCUUCCACCAUCGCCGGAACUUUUCCAUCCAUGUUCCAUCUUUUAGAAUUUAUUGAUUCGGGUGCGCACAAUAGGGUUCAAGCAGAGGAGUACUAUGAGAAGAGAGCUACUAGUGUGCUGGAUCCCUACAUUGCCGAGGUACUCUCUACAGACUACUACACGACGGAAGCGCAAGAGAUGAUGAACGGCUUGUUUGAUGCGAGUGCGGGGAUUUUCUCUUAG